GGUUCCCUCCCCUCCUUUUCCCUUUACUUCAGUUUAUGCAUUGUGGCUAAUGUGAUACUUGGGCACCAGCCUUUCAGACCAGGAUUCGGGACACCAGGGGGCCAAGGGAGAGCCUGGAGACCCACAGCCUGUGCUUUCAGAGCUCCAAGCUCCAGCAGGUUCAUCAUAAACAGCCACGGGGAGCCGAGGACCAAAGAGGCAGGAAGAGACCACAAAACAGCUAUAGAGACAUCAGGAGCUGUAUAGUGAAAUGUGAGAGAGCUCUAACAAGAGAAGAGACGGCGCUUACUACACUGAUCUUCCUCUCUCAGGCACACACACUUGAAGGUCGAGAGAAAUUCUCAUUCUAAAACCAUGGAGCCCGCCGAGAUGAACACUAUCCCCAAUGGGAAAGGGCACGAAGCUGGCGAGGACACGACUGUUACUGCAAUAAAAGCCCAAUCAGAAGAUGCAGCUCAGGAACUUGUACCAAAUAGCACUGAAAAUACCAGUACUGCCAGAACAGCACAUAACGUGGACGCAAACCUGGCAGAAAGCUCUGAGUUCCUCUCCAAAGCAGAUGAAAAGAAAACUCCUCGCUUCACAGAUUUUGAGGGGAAGACGUCUUUCGGGAUGUCCGUCUUCAAUUUGGGAAAUGCCAUCAUGGGAAGUGGAAUUCUGGGGUUAGCUUAUGCCAUGGCUAACACAGGCAUUGUCCUCUUUGUAAUUCUUCUCACCGCUGUAGCUGGUCUGUCUUCAUACUCCAUUCACCUGCUUCUAAAGUCCUCAGGGGUUGUGGGCAUUAGAGCUUAUGAACAGCUGGGCUACCGAGCCUUUGGCACACCAGGCAAGAUGGCUGCCGGCAUCGCAAUCACCUUGCAGAAUAUUGGAGCAAUGUCCAGCUACUUGUACAUAGUGAAGUACGAGUUUCCACUGGUGAUCCAGGCUUUUCUCAACACGGACAAUAUAACAGGGGCGUGGUAUUUAAAUGGAAAUUACCUGGUUGUCAUUGUGUCAUGCAGCAUCAUCCUGCCAUUGGCUCUUAUGAAACAGCUCGGAUACCUCGGCUACACCAGCGGUUUCUCUCUCAGCUGCAUGGUGUUCUUUUUGAUUGCGGUGAUCUAUAAAAAGUUCCAGGUGCCUUGUCCUUUCGUUGACUUUUCCCAUAAUAAAACUGUGGUGAGCUUUAACACAAGUGUGGCUGACCCUGGAGGAGUGCACAUGACCCCUGAAGAUGACCCCGCGUGCACCCCACGCAUGUUUAACAUCAACUCACAGACGGCCUACACGGUUCCCAUCCUGGCUUUCGCAUUCGUGUGCCACCCCGAGGUGCUGCCAAUUUACACGGAGCUGCGCAACCCCACCAAGACAAAGAUGCAACACGUGUCCAACAUAUCCAUCGGGGUCAUGUACGUCAUGUACCUUCUGGCUGCUCUGUUUGGAUAUCUGACCUUCAUUGAUAAAGUGGAGGCUGAGCUGUUGCACACCUACAGCCGCAUCGACCCGUAUGACACACUCAUCCUGUGUGUCCGUGUGGCUGUACUGACCGCCGUCACACUCACUGUACCCAUCGUGCUGUUUCCUGUAAGGAGAGCGAUCCAGCACUUGUUCUUCGCAAAUAAAACCUUCUGGUGGCCACGUCACAUCGCUAUAGCUGUCACCCUCCUCGCCCUCAUCAACUUACUGGUCAUCUUUGCCCCAAACAUCCUGGGCAUUUUUGGGGUCAUCGGUGCCACAUCCGCACCGUGUCUCAUCUUUAUAUUCCCGGCUGUGUUCUACAUCCGCAUUGUGCCUGAGGAAGAGGAACCACUGCGCUCUUUCCCCAAAAUCCUCGCUGCUUGCUUCGCCUUUUUAGGAGUCUUAUUUAUGAUAAUGAGCCUGAGCUUCAUCAUCAUUGAUUGGACGUCAGGGAACAGCAAAGGAAGCAGCGGUCAUUAGGCCACACCCUCUUUUGGUUAAUGCUUGUAUUUUUUUACAGUAUAUAUUUUGUUAAUGUGGGGUCAGUAGUUAGGGAGGAUGCAUAAUCUCUCAUUGAUCUCUUGUCGCAUCACCAGUAUGUCCGCUAUUUUAGAUACAAUUUUCCAGAUUCUCAACCUCAGUCAAGGCAUUUUUUGUUAACUGCAUGUGCUGUAAAUGGGCUUUUUAAAUCUGGGAGCCACCCCAUCUCAGGUCGGCAUUAAUUCUAUUCAGAAGCCAUCGGUUUUAAAAAGGAGUAUUCGGAGCAUUGAAAUACAGUAUUUAGCAUUAAACAAGCUUGACACUUAAGAGCUUAAAGAUUCAAUGUUAGUGCCUGUAAGUUAAAGCCCACGAUGGCUAACCCUCAAGACGUGCCAUAGUAACAGCACAUGCAGUAUGCGGACCACAGCGUUUGCUCACAAAAGGGAUUUUGCAUUCUAACCAAACAGACUCACCAGCUGGCCCGACCUCCCAUCAGCAAUAGUUUCACGCCAGUUAAUAUCAUAACCUUUGGCCACAUUCACAAGAGAUUAGAAACGCAGUAAGUGUUUUAUCUCAUCUUAGAUAUAGCAAUACUCUGUGCAAUAGCUGGCUGUGAGAAAUCUGACACGCAAGGCUGUUGAGAGACGGUUGCCGCGGCAACGUGUGACCGAAUCCAGACCCGAUUGGCUGCAGUCUAUUACACAAUUUCCGACUUAUGCAAGGUACAUUUAUUACAACAGAUAAACUUUACAGGUGUCACAUUUUUUUAUCGAUUUAUAAAGUUGAUCCUUUCUACAAUAUUUAGAGAUACUGUAUAUGAAUAGAUAUAUAGGCAUAAAUAUACAAGAUAUAUGUACACUGUAUGAUGAUUCCGAUUUAUCUGGUAUCUAUCAUGUCCCUUUACAGUAUUCAGCUGAAGUGCCAUCUUUAAAGAAUUUAGAUAAAAAAAAUUCACAGUUUCAUCAUAGACGAUAAAAGGCACAUUCUGAAUAUGUUUUAUGAAUGCUGCUGGUUGCGAUGGGAAAGCACAGAUCAGUUUAUCACGAUCCAGUAUUUGUCCUGAUGACAGACUGAUUUUGAAACACUCUUGAUAACCAAAAAAACCCACAAAUAUUCACAGGGUCCUCUCCUCGACUGGAGAAACAAACGUGACACAUUGGUGCACAUAAAUGUUUAUGGCAAGUAAUAUUAAGUUUUACCUUAAAUAGGGUUGAGAAUGAGGCAUUUAACUUAAGUUGGUUUGGUAAUGAGUGAUACACUGUAGCACUUUCAGUUGAAGCACAACUUCCUCUCGGCUCCUAGUGACCAACAAACAGUAUGACAUAAUCAUAGAUUUAUAUAUUUUGUAGACAGUUAUACGAACAAAGCCUAUGUAUUACUAACUGUAAAUUGUUCAAAGAAAAAAUACUAAGUAACGUGUGGAUGUCUAACAUGGUACAUGACUAUUUUAAUCUUCGUAAUUGUAAAUCAUCCUAAAUACUAUAAAUGAAGCACUUACUGGCCCAUAAUGAUAUUAGUAGUGUUUUAGUGUCUGUAUGUGUGUGAAUGUGUAUUUUCUCUUCUCGCUUAUUGAGAACGAAUACAUCAGUCAGUGAAUGUACUGUAAUGGACUACAAGAUGUUUAAAUGAGAUGUGCUUUUAAAUCGUGGUACUUUUUUAUUUCGUUUGUCUGUUUAAUUCAUGUUUAAUGGAUAGACCAGCCACACACAUAAAUAAAUGAUCAUAUCUGUGAAGCAGUAUCAGCGUAAUUACAUAUCUGGAUGUAUUUCUUCAGUGUUUUAAAUGUCCCCGGUGCUGCAUCGUGGGCUUGUCAGACAGGAAAGGCACUGUUAUAUAUUAAAGAUGCUUUUGAAGAUAUGUUGGGCAUCCAAAAAAAGACGUUCUGUUUCUUGUUUAGCCAUCAUUUCCAUCUUUGCGGUGUUUUGUAUAUAUAGAGAAACGACUAAUGAUUUGCUAAUCGCAUAUGUGUUUUAUUUACUGAAGUGCUCUAUUGAAAUGACACGAGGAGCUCAUUGUUCAUUCUUUUUUGAAAAGAAAAAGUUACAGUAUGUGUAUUCUGGUGAUGAUGUUAUACAAUGGAGUAUUUUCUCACACAUUGGUGUGGUUUUUAAAGCACAAAAGUGUUACAUCAUCUCAACAGUGUGUGUGUUAAUCUGUGUUCACAUGCCUGAGAUAUAUACAGUACUUGGUUGUCAAAGAACUGCAAUAAGGAUUCUGUCCUCUCUAACUAUACCAGUAGCUCUUAACAUAAAAAAUAAUAAAUUACAGUUUGUAUGUAGAAAGUGAAGCCUGUUGUAGGCUCAAUCUAAGGGAUCCCCCAUUCAUAAUAUGAUUAAAGAAGACUAAAAUGUUAAUUUGCAGUACAAUUUAAACAAAUGAUUGCUUUCCCACAUCUCUACAUUUUGUUUUAAAGAGAAAAUGAGCACAGUCGAUGCACCAGACAUCCCCUACAUGAAAUGUUUUUAUGAUGAAGGUAGUUUACAUUAACCCUUGAGAUCUUAUUAACCUACAAAUUUUCAUUGCCAUCAUAUACCACUCAAUAGCAAUAUCAACUCUUCAUAAACCCUGCUCCAAUUCAAACGUAUACUGACUUUAGGAGUGGUCCGAACAAGCAAUCCCCUCCGGUGCUGUGCUUCCAUCUCUGUUAUUUCAGAAGCACAGUUUGUUUUUAGUUUCUGAUCUGACAACCGUAGCAUUUUUGUAAUCAACUGUGGAUUGUACCAGGUCGCCAAAUCUGCAAAUGUCACAAGGUGGCAGAAGGGGUAAGAAUUUGUACUCGUCCAUUUACCAGCUGUGCUUGUGUCCUUCAGCUUAACGUUUCCCUUGUGAUGUUAUGAAAGUGUGAUCUGUUUGUAAUAGUUUAUAUGAAUUCAUUACUGACAUGACGGCAUUUAUAUAUGAUGUACAUAAAUGUAAACCCUUUAUAUUAUAAGCACAUCUAUAUUGUAAAUAGCCAGAUGAUGUUAUAGUCUGAUGAUUAAAACGUAAUAAUUUUUAAAAAGCCAGUUUAUGUCUUUAUUUUCAUUAUUCUCAGUAUUGAAUACAUUGCUGGCAGUUAAUGUACUGUAAACAAUGUUCAAAUAAAAAUGAAU